AUGUCUUGGAAGGGAUUCCAAAAGGCUGUUGCUCGUAUUCCUCACCAGCUGGCCAAAUCCUCGGGCCAUGCCUCGGAAACCAAGGACGACGAAUACGAAGUUUACGACGCUUCCUUUAAACAGCUCGAUACCCUAGCUCGUCAGCUUGCUACAGAGGCUCGUAAGUUUAAAGACUCGCUCAGUAUCAUGCUGACCCACCAGGCUGGUGUGGCUUGCUGCUUUCAAGAGAUGUUUGCCAGUUUUGCUGAUGAAGGCAGCACUAAACCAGAUGGAGGGUUUUCUAACGACCAUGCCUUGGUUACGCAUGAAUUUCAACAAGAAAUAGCUGCACUCAGAGAAUCUCUAUCCAGCGACCUUGAUAUGAUUGAGCGGCUGGUAGUUGCUCCUACUGGUGACUUUAUUACAAUUCUCGAUCAGGUCAAGAAAUUCAUGGUUAAACGCAGCCAUAAGCUCAUUGAUUACGAUCGUCAUCGCGAUGCUACCCACAAACUACGUGAAAAGGCGGACAGAUCUGUAAGCGACGAGAAACGUCUAGGCCAGUAUGAGACUUCCCUUGACCAGGCAACUCGAGAAUACAAUGCUGUCAACAUACAGCUUAAACAGGACCUUCCUAUCCUACUACGCUUUCGCGUAGAGUUUAUUGAUCCGUGUCUACUAGCAUUCUAUUCGUAUCAAACCAAGGUCUAUCAAGCUCUGUUUUCAAAACUUUCAGAAAUUACACAGCGUCAUUUUGAUAUGCAUACAAAUGUUCUUGACGGAUACAACAGACAAACUGAGGCGGUUCAGGAACUAUUGUCAAUUCUCAUCAUUCCUAAGCGUAAUCAUAAUACUUUGCCAGAAGUACCAGAUGCCAAUGCUGAAAGUGCUGCUCCGCCCUCUUACUCUUCUACUGAUGCUGGCACACUCCCUACAGUAGCAGCAAAUCAUCCUGUUAAACUUGGUGAUAGUGCUGCAAGUGGAUCGGUAAACCCACCUUCGCUUCCUCGUAGCGUCCCCCCUCUACCUUCGUCAACCACAAAAUAUGCAAUUGCGCUCUAUGACUUUCAAGCGCAAGCAGAUGGUGAUUUAUCCUUUAGUCAUGAUGAAAAAAUUGAAGUGGUUCAACGAACUGCCGAUACCAAUGACUGGUGGAUUGGUCGCAUUGGUGAUCGAACUGGUCAAUUUCCCGGAAACUAUGUUCGU